UCCAAUGCCAACACGUCGACAACUCCCGACAGCUCUCCGAGCAACCAAGACGCUGCACCCAGUGACGCCCGUUGUCACCGCGGACCGUGCUGCCGACUUCGCGGGCACCGACCGCUUCCACGUGAUCGACUUCCAUCACGUCGAGUUCUGGUGCGCCGACGCCGCCUCCGCUGCCGGCCGCUUCUCCUUCGCGCUCGGGGUACCGCUUGCCGCGCAGUCUGACCUCACCACGGGGAACACCGCGCACGCCUCCCGCCUGCUACGCUCGCGCUCGGGGCCUCUCGCGUUCCUCUUCACCGCCCCGUACGCGGCGCAGCACGGCGCAGACGACGACGCGACGGCCGCGUCGUCCAGCUCCGUGCUGCCGUCCUUCUCCGCGGACGCCGCGCGCCGCUUCGCCGCCGACUACGGCCUCGCGGUGCGCGCCGUCGCGAUCCGUGUCUCCGACGCCGCCGAGGCGUUCCGCGCCAGCGUCGACGCGGGCGCGCGCCCGGCCUUCGCCCCCGCUGAGCUCGGCCACGGCUUCGUGUUCGCGGAGGUGGAGCUCUACGGAGACGCCGUGCUCCGCUUCGUGAGCUACCCGGACGGCACGGACGUGUCCUUCCUCCCUGGGUUCGAGAACGUCGCCAGCUCGUCAGCAGAGUGUCCGGACUACGGACUCAACCGCUUCGACCACAUCGUCGGCGGCGUGCCGGACCUGGCUCCGGUCGCCGCGUACAUCGCCGGGUUCACUGGCUUCCAUGAAUUCCACAGGGUCAACGGGAACGAGGUGGGCACGGCCGAGAGCUCGCUCAACGGGCUGGUGCUCGCCAACAGCUCGGAGCACGUGCUCCUCACGCUCCUGGAGCCGGUGCAGGGCACCAAGCGCCGCAGCCAGAUACAGACGUUCCUGGACCACCACGGCGGCCCUGGCGUGCAGCACCUGGCGAUGGCCAGCGACGACCUUAUCGGCACGCUGAGGGAGAUACGUGCGCGGUCCUCCAUGGGCGGCUUCGAGCUCCUGCCACCACCGCCGCCCAGCUACUAUGACGGCGUAAGGCGGCUCGCCGGGGACGUGCUGUCGGAGGCACAGAUUAAGGAGUGCCAAGAGCUCGGCGUGCGGGUGGACAAGGGUGACAAUGGAGGUGUUGUGCUCCAAAUCUUCACCAAGGCUGCUGGAGACAGGCCAACCUUGCUCUUGGAGUUUAUCCAAAGGAUCGGGUGCGUGGAGAUAGACGAGAGCGGGAGGCAAUACCAGAAGGGUGGCUGCGGCGGGUUUGCCAAGGAUAACGUCAUUCAUCUGGUGAAAUCUAUUGAGGACUAUGACAAGACACUUGAUGCACCUGCCCGAGUUGCUUCCUAAUCCUAAACAACAUUUAUCAUCUCUCUGAUUGAGGGAGUUACUAGCACUAUUAAACUUUGUAAUGGUAAUAAUGCACCUAGUUAUUAGUGCAUGGUAGUGGUAUCAAACCAUAUGGUGCGUGUACUAUCGAAUCUCCUCCUUAUCUUCUCUGUUUUGGAUACUGUAUUAAUUAAUGUGUGCUACAAUGUCUAAAAAUAGUG